AGAAAAACCUCCCUAUAAAAUGGCCAGAGCAGUACUUGAGUUAACCUACGUUCUAUGUUAGCGCUCUCUCUCGCUCCAUCGAUCUGUCAAAUUUCAAGUAGUGACCAUCUGUUCCAUGGCAGAAAUGAGUAUUAAUAGAAAUCAUAAGCAGAAUGCGGAGUUGUAUGAGACAUUGCUGAGCGAAGAUGUAGAGAAGGUGAAAGAGUUGUGCGCAAAAGUUGAAGAGCAAGGGUUGCACAUAUUGACAAUACACGACGACACCGUGCUCCACGCAGCCACUUAUUCCAAACAAACCCAACUGGUACUCGAUCUUCUUGACGAUUUGCCUCCCCAACAUCUUGACAAAAUGACCCGACAAAACCACAAAGGAAACACUAUUCUCCACGAAGCGGUCAUAUCCAAUUCACAAAUUGACGUGGUAAAGAAGGUAUUAGAUAAGGCUCCCGGACUGCUAUGCAUGCGUAACCACCUUGGAGAGACUGCGCUCUUUCGGUCGGUACGCUAUGGCAAGGAGAAGGUAUUCAAAUUUCUUGCAGGAAAAAUUUCUGGCUACAAUUUAGCUAAUCAACAACUCUUCCUCCAGAGGAGUGAUAGAAGCACCAUUCUACAUGUCGCCAUCGUUAAUGAGCACUUCGAUUUGGCCCUGCUUGUUGCCGAAAUGUUCCCACACUUGGUUGGUGAACGAGACGCAGAUGGAAUGACUGAUCUUCAGCUUCUAUCAUGCGACUCUGGAGCUUUUAAACGAGAGGACAAACGGGAAUUUUUCCAGCAAAUCGUCAAUUUUGUCAACUCAUAUUUUACUUCCGCCAAACAGCGAAAGCCGACUAAAUAUGAGUCAGCAUUGAAGCUUGCUAAGUUCUUAAUAGAAAGAGAUCUCUCAUGGGAAGCAACUUAUCUUGGAAUAGACCAGGGAAAACCUACGCUCCACAAAUUUGGUGAGGGUCCUGGCCCAGAGAAGGGAAUUGGACAAGCCCCCUUAUUAAUGACUUCACUUGGUCUAGGGGAUCAAGUGCCAGAAACAGAUACUCCUUUGUUUUUGGCAACUAAGACAGGCUGCAUAGACAUUGCUGAAGAAAUACUGAAAUGUUACCCCCAGGCAAUUGAGCAUAUUGAUGACAAAGGACGUAACAUAUUGCAUAUAGCUAUCAGGCACCGCCGAUUAAAGAUUUUUGAGGUUGUAGCAAAACAAGAAGUGCCCAUGAAGAGGCUAGUACGCAAAUUUGACAACGAAGGAAAUUCCGUACUUCAUGUAGUUGGAUUGAAAAGAAAAGAGUAUAUAGCUGAGAAAAUACGUGGCCCUGCACUUGAACUGCGAGAGGAAAUGCAAUGGUUUGAGCGUGUGGAGUCAGUCAUCCCAAGCCAUUUCAAGGAGCACCGUAAUAAUAUGAAGCUGACCGCUUGGGGCUUAUUUCAUCAAACAAACAAUGAGCUCCGAACAACAGCAGCAGAAUGGCUGAAGCGAACCUCAGAAGGAUGCACCGUUGUCGCAGUUCUCAUUGCUACUGUUGCCUUUGCUGCAGCAUACACGGUACCUGGAGGUCCUAACAGUCAGACUGGUGCUCCAAUCCUCGUCAAUAAACCUUUCUUUGUGGUUUUUACGGUGACCGAUGUCCUGUCCCUUUCAUUUGCUUUGACAUCGGUGGUAAUAUUUCUCUCAAUCGUCUCAUCACCCUUUCGACUAAUAGACUUCAAGGAAUCUCUUCCGAACAAGCUAAUGCUAGGCUUCACAUUUCUGUUCUUGUCCGUGUCCAUGAUGAUGUUUGCGUUUGCAGCAACUGUCCUCCUCAUGAUACAAAAUAGGGAAAGCUGGACUAAAGUCAUCCUAUAUGCACUUUCUUUCCUGCCAGUCGGAAUUUUCGCACUUUCAUAUUUCCCUCUCUAUGUAUCUCUAUCAGAAACCUACAAGUACUUGCUGAAAGAGUUGAGACGGUCAAUUCCAUGGAAACUUAUUGUUGUGGUGCUAUCUCUUCCAACAUAUUUGUUUGGCUGUCGUAAACAUCGAAACGCCAAUUCCCUUGAACUCCCCCAACAUCGACCGGCCACUUCCAACCGGCACCGGUAGGCGUACGUACAAGAUUGCCUGCCGUUUUGAAUACAUAUAACUUGGCCAGCUGCUUUGAGGUUUGAGCUAUGGAAUGUCCCUCAAACUACUUGAGUUGGAUAUAAUGUGUUGAUGUGUGGGUAUAUAAUUUGUUUGGCUUUAUUUAUCUUGGUCAUGCGAUGCCCUAGCUGUUGUGGUUGUAACUUGUAGUAAAUGUUUGGUCAUGUUUGUUUUCUCGCUUGUGAUGGUAUAGUAAGUACUCAAUUUGUGGUUACUUUGCGAGGUUAUGCAGCUUUGUACUUUUUGAUUCUCAAACUUUAUACAGUUUAGCGCCA